AUGUUUAAGGACAAUGUCUCUGAGGAUCAAAUUAAAGAGUACGCUGCUCAGGUGAACAACGGAGGAGGAGAAGUAACCCAAUUCUACGGCAUCAUACCCGGAUUCGCCGCUAAGAUUACCGAAGACCAGUUUCAGCAAUUCCAGUCUCUUCAAGGCGAUAUCAUCGAGUCCAUCGAACCUGACCAGAUGGUCACCACCCAGUCUGAGUAAAUGUAUAUACCUGUCAUGCUUAAUGCAUGUUUAGUUACCUUGUACCAUGUAACGGUCCUUAUAUCAUAUGUUGUAAUAUGUUGUGCUUAUCUACCACUCUGCCUCUCAAAGCAUCAAUUCGUGGAAAAUAAAAAAUCAUGCAAAGUCCGUUUCCUUGGUCUAAUACGAU